AUGAGUGAAGAAGAAGAAAUUGAGCAAGAGAAGUUUGAUAGUGAUGUUGCUUUACUUCAAUCUCCAUCAGAUGAAGCUUUAAUGCAAAUCAUGGGCGUGAAAAACUUCAAUAACUUAAAUGAAAAAAUUUUGGAAGGCGUGUUAAAGACUUAUAAACAAGAAAUGGAGCCAGAAUGCAAAUAUCUAAUCGAAAACGAUAAGAUUCUUGGACGAUUUGCUACAAUAGAAGAACAAAAGAACAUAGAAAAGAAUGGAUACGAAGUUAAGGAUCCAUCUAAGCUCUCAACAUAUGACUUAUACAGAGAGAUCAACAUGAUUCAAGGAGAAAUCAAUAGACUUAAAUCAGAAAAUGCAAAAUCUUCAAACGCUCUUUAUUUACUAAAGCGUUCUCAAGAAGGCUUAGAUCUCGAUAUUGGAUUUAGAUCUGUCGAGCUUAUUAUGGCAAAUGACGAUCAAAGUGAAGAAUAUUUGGACUCCCAAGAGAAUUUGCUCCAUUAA